AGCGCCUUAUCCGAUGGUUGAUGAUGUGGUGUUUGCAGCUCCCCAUCGGAUUCUCUUCAAUUCCUCAUGGUUGUCGUCGAUGGCCAACUGAAAUGCGAUCUUUGGAAUCCAAAUUUGAGCAGUGGCACAACAAGUUCAGUAAUUACAACUACGAUACGGGCGAUGAAGAUAAGGGCAUUUCUAAAAUUCCGGUGCCCAGACACAAACAUAUUCCAGUUUCUAAACCCCAGCUGCUGGAUGCCAUUCUCUUCACCUUCUUUCAAUCCAACCAAAACCAUGAUGAUGAUGAUCCCGAAGCUCAACUUUUUCUGCUCCUCUCUUCGUGCUUGGACUCCAUUCUUCACGCUGAACACAAGAGGAUUUUAGAAGAAAUGCGGAACGAUUAUUCCAUUACUCAGUCCGUGGAAAAUGAGGCGACUUUUGAGGAGGUUUCUACUACUACUGAUGCCCCGCUUGUUUCUAAUAAGAAUCAGGAGUUUAUCUCACCCAGGGAUGGUAUGCCUUUCGGUUACAGUUUGGACUUUAGUACUUCUCCAACGGGUACCCUGAAUACUUACGUCAACCGGGAGUCUCCAGUAGCAGUUGCCACUCGUUUCCAGCGUUCUUUUAUGAAACUUCUUAAAAAUGCUCAAUUUGAAGAACUCUCAGCCAUGGACCUGGUCUUGACAUCAGCAUUGAAUACAGACUAUCUGCUUACUUUGCCAAUAUAUGUUGACUGGAAGAGGGCGUCUGAGUCUAAUGCAAUUAUAUUCAGGCGAGGAUAUGCAACUGAGAGGCAGAAAGGCCUAUUAAUUGUUGAUAAACUAGAUUAUAUACAGUCUAGACUUCUACGAGGACUCUUCUCCAUAAUCUCAAAACCACUGGGGAGACUUGGCACUUGGAUAGCCGAGGUUGUACUAGGUGCUCCACAGAUGCAAGAAAUUCAAGAAUGGGUUAAGAGGUUGAGGCCUUGGGUGAGCGAACUUCCUAUAUCUCAGCAAUUAUUUCGUUAUGAUGAAGAAGAUUCUGCUGAUCUAGUGGGAGACAAUCGGAUUUCAGAUAGAGACCUUCCAAUUUGGCUAGCAGCUCAGAGUGCAGUAUCUCGUUACGAAGGAAUUCUUUCUUCCAUGGGACCUCGUGGAAGACUCUUACGGAGGCUGCUUACAUGGAUAGGACUUCUUCCCCCUAUGCCAGAACAACCAUUCAAGCUUGAUGAUGACAAUAAAGCUUCUGAACCUUAUUUAAGGCCUAUCUUCAUAUCACGAAUAUCACUCAGUGAUAUAUGGAGGCCUGCAAUGAAAAAUUGUGGGAAUGAUAUCUGGAAACGCUUGAAAACUUCCAUUUCCAUCCUCCUCUCUCAAUCAGUACUCCAGGAGCCAGCUUUCCAAGAAUUAAUUUUACUUUACACCAAAGAUAGAAGGGAUGGUGGAGACAAAACUAAGGUUCCAUCGUUGCAGUUAAAGAUCUAUGAGAAAAUUCCUAUUCCGGACUUACCAGUGAUCUUUCCGGACAAGAAACUAUCCUUUCGAAUUAUUGAUGCGCUACGCUUGGAUGCUGCGACAAUCUUGGGACUUUUGGCAUUCUUCAUUAAUUACAAGUUUGAGAAUCUGUUGUCUUCACCAUCAGCAGUUUUUCUUGAUGUGGUUGCUUUUAGUGCUCUUGUCAUUUACAUCACACGAGUUGUUUUGGGUUACAAACAAACAUGGGAUAGGUAUCAAUUAUUGGUAAACAGGACACUGUAUGAGAAAACUUUAGCGAGUGGUUUUGGGUCGGUUCAUUUUCUCCUGGACGCUUCAGAACAACAGCAAUACAAAGAAGCUAUCUUGGCCUAUGUAAUUCUGCUCAAAGAAGAAAAAGGAGAGGUAACAUGUGGCAAAAGCGUCGGGGACAAAUGCGAAAGAUUUUUGUACAACGUGUCGAAAGUGAAGGUUGAAAUGCCAAUAGAAAAGGCAAUAGAAACGUUGUCAAGAUUGGGGUUAGUGUCAGUAACCCAAACAGAAACAGAGACAGAGGAAGAGGGGAGAAUUAGAGUGCAGGCUGUACCCUGUGGGAAGGCUUAUGAGGCGCUCAAACAGCAAUGGAAUACCCUACUUGAUAUAUGAUGUAAGCAGGGCUUUGAGCCUGUGGGCGGCAGUGUCACCACAUACACAUACUUUGGACCAGAAUAUGCACUCCUCUCCCUUUUAACUUUUGCCAAAGUUGUAUUCUAUAAGAAAGUUUUGUAUGCAGCUGCACCCACUAUAUAUUCCUUUCAUCUCUGUUAGAUGACAACGAUAUCUCAAGGAUCUCUAUACCGGUAUGAUAUUAUCCGUUUUUGGUAUAACCUUCGCAACUUUACUCUUGGUUCCACGAAAAAGACCUUAUAUAAUAGAGAUAAUUAUCCUUAUUUA